GUUUCCAAUUCUCCCGGUUCUUCCGCCUCGAAAUCACAAACAUGACGACCUUGUCCGACUACGUUGACUUCUCUCAAGAUUCUUUUAAAUAUGCUGCGCUGUCCAUUGCAUUUAAUCCGAUAUUCUGGAAUGUCGUUGCCCGUGCUGAAUACCGCAGUCACUUCUUGACCCGUAUCUUCGGUAGCCCCUACCGUGGCUGCUAUUUUCUCGCGAUUACCAUUUUUUCCCUUGGAAUCCUACGCGACCAUAUCUACCAGCAGGCUCUUGAAGACCAGCCAUACUAUGCCCCUGUGCACCAACCCGUUCUCGGCGGCGCUCUCUUUGCCGUGGGAUCAGUUCUCGUCUUGUCAAGCAUGUAUGCCCUCGGCGUCACAGGCACGUAUCUCGGAGAUUACUUCGGCAUCCUUAUGGACGCACCUGUGACCGGGUUCCCUUUCAACGUUACCGGCUCCCCAAUGUACUGGGGGAGUACCUUGAACUUCCUUGGUGUUGCACUGUACAAGGGCAAGGUUGCGGGUAUCCUUCUCACUGCGCUGGUCUUUGUUCUGUACUGGUUUGCUUUGAAAUGGGAGGACCCUUUCACCGCAGAGAUCUAUGCAAAGCGCGAACGCGAACGUGCAAAGUCAAAGCGCGGCGGAAAGAACCAGUGAUCUCUUCUCACUGGAGUAAGGAGCAGCACAAAAGUGUGCAUGAUGGCCAUGGCGGAACAGUGUCUCGAGACUUAGAAUUCAACAUACAUGAGUCUGGUAUGAGUGGUCUAUCAGUUGCGCAAAUGGAGCUUAGGUAGGUUAGAUUGAUAUAAUUCUGUGCCUUCAAGAACAGAACCGAGGUGAAAAAGAAGGAGCCUAGCCA